GAUUCGGGAAAACGGUAAAGGUAAAACCUGGUAGCAUAACCUAAGUGACUUUAGAAGCAGAAGCAUUUGUAUACGGUGAACCCAUCCCAAAAACUGUGUUCAUAGUUCUGAUCGGUGUUCAGCUUCCAUUAACGAUUCUGAUUACGAAAAUGUCGAAUCGUUUCGACAAUUACAACAACAAUAAGGGUUUCAACAAAGUACAGAAGAAAUUUGUCCCUAAAAAUCCAACUCCAACCUUGUCAACUUCUCUCAGAGAAAAACAACAAACUAGUUCUGGUUCCGGUAGCAAUAUCAAUAAUUCGUCAGGUAGGGUUCAACCGGGGGGUGUGAAUGGCAAUUUCGUGUAUUAUUUGCCGCAAGAUGAAGCUGUCGCUGCUGGUUUUGGUGCUGAAGAUGGUGGAUUGGAUGCCCUUGAAUCUCAGAAAGUUGUUGAUCUUCUCAAUUCUCAGUUGUCUUGUUUGCUCAAGUUGAAACCCAAAGAUUUUUGGUCACAAGUGGCCAGUGAUACAUCCCUGCAUGAGUUUCUCAACAGCUUUCUGCAAUUUAGAAGCAGGUGGUAUGAUUUCCCUCACCGUGGGGCCAGAGGGAUUGUUGCUGGUGUUAUUUUUGGAGAGCAUGAUUUGAGCCGUCGUGUUUUCAUGAUGUUGUAUCGAAUGUCUUCCAAUAGAGAUCCUGGUGCUCGACCUGCUGAUACACUCAGUUCAAAAGAUCAUGAAGUUCUUUUGCAGGAGAAGAAGUUGCUUGAUUUGCCAAAGUUGUUUGAUAUAUGUGCCAUAUACAGUCAUGAAAAUGAAGAAUUGACAAGAUUGCUGGUUAAAAAUGCUUUGCAUGCUCAGCCUUGGUUACAUGAUAAUUUAGCUGCAGUAACAUCUCAUUUUAUGGUCAUUGUAAGCACAAUGCACGAACGAUGCAGUUCAUCAUUGGAGGUCUUAUUUGCUUCUGAAAGUCUUGAUGACCAUAAUGCUACUUUACUAAAAACUGAUCUUCUGGAGGUGAUGGACUUCAUAAAUGAUGCAAUUGUAUCAAUGGAUGCUUUUGUUAGUGCAUACGAACAAGCAGCUUUAUUGUUCUCUUCCCCUGUUGAGAUGAGAUAUGGGAAUGAGGAGAUGCUGAGCUUCCUUGCCAGGUUGCAUGAUUCGCUAAUUCCGUCCAUGCAAAAGGGGUUCCAUAUCAUUUUUGCUGGCAAACAAGAUGACACAGUCUCUAAUAUUGUGGUUAGUUUGAAGAUGUUAAGAAUGAGAUUGGUAAAGUUUGGGUGGCAAUUAUUGCACUUUUGCUAUUUAAGUGACGAUGUGUUCCUAGAUAGCAUCCCUCUUCCAGCUGCCACAAAGAUGUUUCCUGCCAAUGUUGAAGACCCAGUCAUCAGAGCAGAUAUUCUGGUUCAGACAUUUAGAGAAAUAAAUUCAGUAUCAUUAAGUUUCCAGGAAAUCCAUAAGAAGGAAACAUUUCUUCAAGGUGUUGAAAGGAAUUUCAAUAUAUCAAGCAGGAUUGAGGGAUUAAAGCAUAAUGGGUGGAUAUUCGUUGAGGAUGAACAACUUAAAUAUAUAUCUGAGAUUUUGAGUUCUUUGAAGGAGACUAUUAACAGGGAGCCAUAUUCUGCAAAGAUCUCUGUGCCGAACCAAACCAUGCAGACAGAUGAAGAUGCUGCAGUUUUAGAGUCAAAAAUCAGUCAAAUUAGGGACCUAUUCCCUGAUUACGGUAAAGGGUUUUUAUCUGCAUGUCUCGAGGUCUAUGACCACAAUCCAGAAGAGGUCAUUCAAAGAAUUUUAGAAGGAACCCUUCAUAAUGAUCUGAAGUGCUUGGAUACUUCAUUAGAGACGGUGCCACAGUUACAAGCCAAGUCCACUGCUGUUAGCGGGAAAGAUAAAGGAAAAGGUGUACUAAUUGAUGUUAGCGGGAAAGAUAAAGGAAAAGGUAUACUAAUUGAUUCUACGUCGGUGUCCUCAAAUACAAAAGUUUCUAAUGGUAAGAACCUGACAGAAGGGUCAUUGAUGCCAUCAUCUGCUCCACUUGGAAAAUUUGUGAGGAAAUCUAGAGCCGACAGGCCUGAUCCAAGUAUUUUGGACAAUAAUGAUGAGAAAGAUGCAUCAAGAAUUUUGCAAUAUGAAUAUGAUGAUGAGUAUGAUGACUCUUUUGAUGACUUGGGUCUAAGCGUAGCGGAAUCUGGAGUAGAAGAAAGUGAAGUGAUUGAUGACGAAAUGAAUGAAAAAUUGGGGAAAUCAAGGGAAACAGGGACCGGAAACUCUGGCCAAAAUGCCUCUAAUACAAAAUGGGGCUCUAGGCAAAAGCCACAGUACUAUGUCAAAGAUGGUAAGAAUUACAGCUACAAAGUGGCUGGUGCAGUAGCAGUUGCAAAUUCUAAUGAAGCUUCUUUAGUUAAUGAAGCUCAGAAAGAAUUGAUACAUGGUCUUGGACGUGGGGGCAACCUUCCUCUUGGCGCAGUACAGAAGUUGGCAGAUUCCUACAAGGGAGGAGGAGGUGGUAACCAAUUCCAUGUUUCUGGAACAGAAGGGAGAGGGAGUGGCGGUGGCAGGGGAAAGAGAGAAGGGGGGAGACAUAUUGAACAUAAUCAACAUCAGGAAAAACAAUCUGAUGAUGUUUCUGAAGUGGAGGGUAGAGAUCAAGGUCCAAAUAACAGAGGGAGAGGGAGAGGGAGAGGAAGGGGAGGAGGUAGAAACAACCAUUACAGGAAGGACCAAGCCAUGAAGAAGCAUUUCUCUGGAUUGAGUGGUUUUUAAUAGGUCCAUCAACAUACAUUUCUUACUAGCCAAUACACCAUAUAACUCUGGCUAGUUUCAAAUUCUACAUUUUAAAACAAAUUUUAUGCAGGAUCGAAGAUCAAUCAGACGUAUAGACAUGGCGUAUUGCUCUUCUGGCUUCUGCCGACAGUUUUCUCCUCCUUGGGAAGCAUGGCUAAUACAUUGACUGGUAAAGUCUACUAUGGAUGCAGCCGAGACUUUCAUGUGUUCUGUUUUGGUUUUUCUUCUCUCUUCUAGUCCUCGUUGAUUGAGACUUGGAUGAAUUAGAGCAUUACAUCGCGAGCAUUGUUGAAUUCGCAAUCAGCUAUCACGAUACCAACAUUAUCUUAUACAAAAGAGUUUAAUGUCUUGUAAAGGUUACUUCAUACCGGAAUCCAGUUUUGGUUGAAUCUAGUUUUGGUUCAGAAGAUUUGAAUGUAUUUGAGCCUACAUUUCCUUUAACUUUAAUGUUUAGUUGAAGAUAUAUAUAAAAUAAAACAGGUUGGUCCGACUCAACUCUGUUCCCAGAUUCAAAUUGGGCGUAGUUGACUAAGGUCCUUAACCAAGGUUUUACAA